UCUAUACUCUCUGUCCUUUAUCUUUAUCUCUUGCAGACUCCCAUAAUGCCUGCUCAAGUGAUGCCUGAGAAACCUUUUACUGAAGUUCAUGCCAUAGGGAAGGAAAUUGGUUCUGCAAAUUUUAUCAAAAGGCUAGAAGGAAAGAUUGCAAUUGUAACAGGUGGAGCAAGAGGAAUUGGAGAGGCAACAGUGAGACUAUUUGCCAGACAUGGAGCCAAAGUUGUAAUAGCCGACAUAGAGGACAACAUUGGCAAUGCUCUAGCCAAUUCUUUGUCACCUUCAGCCACUUAUGUUCAUUGUGAUGUUACAUCUGAGGAAGAUAUAAAAAACUUAAUUGAUUCAACAAUUUUCAAGUAUGGACAUCUCGAUAUUAUGUUCAACAAUGCUGGAAUUUUGGGAAACCAAAAAAAGCACAAGAAGAGCAUAGUCAAUUUCGAUCCUAAUGAAUUCGAUAAAAUUAUGUCUGUGAACGUACGAGGAGCUGCUCUGGGAAUGAAGCACGCGGCUAGGGUUAUGAUUCCACGAGGCUAUGGUUGCAUAAUUUCAACUUCUAGUGUUGCUGGAGUUAUGGGAGGGCUAGGACCACAUGCAUAUACAGCUUCAAAACAUGCAAUUAUUGGGCUAACAAAGAAUGCUGCUUGUGAAUUAGGGUGUCAUGGGAUUAGGGUUAAUUGUAUUUCACCCUUUGGCGUCGCGACAUCAAUGUUGAUUAAUGCAUGGAACCAUUGCGAUGAAGAUGAAGGAGAAGAAAAUGGGGUGAAACUUGGGGUGCCUUGUGAAGAAGAAGUGGAGAAAAUGGAGGAAUUUGUGAGAAAUUUGGCAAAUUUGAAAGGCACAAAUUUAAGGGCUAAGGAUAUUGCUGAGGCUGCACUUUAUUUGGCAAGUGAUGAAUCCAAAUAUGUAAGUGGUCAUAAUCUUGUUGUGGAUGGUGGGAUUACUACCUCAAGAAAUUGCAUUGGCUUGUAGUGAGAAAAAAAAAACGUUUUUUUUUUGGUUAUAUAAAGAGUUAUCUCGUGAAUGAACGAAUGUGGUGUUUGGAUUUGGCUGAGAAAGAAUUGGUUCUAGAUUAGUGUUUAGGAAAAAACAAUUGUUUGUAUUUGGAUUUGACUUUGGAAGAAG